AUGAGGCAAAUGGCGCCCAUGCUCCCGCCCUCAUCGAGUGCCCUGGUCUUGCCUCCAGGCGUGUCCCUCCUGCAGUCGGGCGUGGGGCUGCCCGGGCUAGGCGUGGGUGGGGUCGUGGGGCUAGGGGGGAUGAUGGGCGUGGGCAGCGGAUCCGCCCUCUCGCCCUCCGUCAGCAUCGACCUACCGGAGCCGUCAGUGCUAUCAGCGGAGGAGGCGACAGCGGGCGUGCAAAUGGGCAUCAAGGUGCGCGGGCUGGACCUGAUGCGCUACGGGCGGCUGGAGGACGGCGUCUACAAGUGCAGCGAGUGCGAGCGCAUUCAGAUCCCGAAGACCUUCAAGACGUCGUACUCGUUCCAGCGCCACGCCUACCUGUACCACGAGGGGCGGCCCAAGCGGUUCCCGUGCCCCGUGUGCGGGAAGGAGUUCUCGCGCCCCGACAAGAGGAAGAGCCACCUGAAGGAGAAGCACGGCCUGUUCCAGCCCGACCCUCCCGACCAGGCGGACUACGCCAGCUCGUUAUAGCGACGGCCGAGCGCUAGGCCGUACUGGGAGCCUCUGGAAAUCCUGGCUCAUUUCAUGGGCACAGACGAAUUUUUAUGAAUUUCAGAGGAGGCCCCUGCUGUUUCGAACGCCUAAAACCUAUAUAGUUCGUUUAUUAUAUCAUAUGUAUUUCAAAAAUUAUCAAAUGGUGUUCGAAACCAUGAUUUACUUAUCAGAACUUCUACCCGAGAGUUCCUCCUUGACACCGAGUGAUAUUCUCCAACACACGAAAAACCGGAAAAUAGGUUAACACAUGCAGCAUAUAGAGGUGUGUUCCUGCACCUCUGUUUACAUCGCACAAAUGUAGAUGUGAUGUUUCCUAUUUCCAGGCAAAGGAGGCAUCAUGUACUCAUUACAUUCUCAGAGACCUUAGGCUAGACCUUAGAUGAAAUACAGUAGAUACGGUAGGCAUCUUUUCUUACUGUGUCAUAAGCUGUAAGGCUACUUUCAUCUGUUAAGGGAAAGAGUAUCACUGGGAUCAGUUAGAGGCAUUGGUACCUGAUGUGCGUCGACCCCAGGCGGUUAGGACAACCACUUGACCAAUGAAGCCGUAGCACCUUUUCUCCAGCCGCGCUGCGGUCUCUCGAGCGCUUUUCAUUCGUUGCUUGUCUUUUUAUCUCGUGAAACUAGUCCUGUCAGUGAUGUCACUUCCUUCGGCCGAAAUACGUGUAAACGGGUGAAAAAAUGGAAGUGUGUUUGUGUG